UACAAUAAUAAUAAAAUAGUGUAACUGUGUAAUUCCAAACAUUGAGUCAGAUGAUACGUCAUACGUUUACCCGACAAACAUCUAUUAUUUGAUAUUUCGUCAGAAUCGGAUUAACUCGUCUACAAAGGUCUGUCAGUCCGCCCAGUUAUCUUUAUUCUACGAGUCCGCCGUAGUCUGCCGCCACCCUUUUGGUGCACAUAAACGACUUGGCAGAUUACAAUUUUGAAAACCUCCGAGAAAAUGGACGUUGAAGACGUUUUAAGCGAUGUGGUCACCAUGGAAGAUCUUAAGAAAUUUGAAAAAGAAUAUCAUAAUCAACUAACUACAGGAACCGUUUCUCAAGAAACAAAGUUUCAUUAUGCUUGGUGCUUAGUGAGAAGCAAUUAUCCAGCUGACAUCAGAAAAGGACUCAUAUUAUUGGAACAGUUGAUUAAACAUGAAGCUAAUGAUGAUGAUGCCAAACGAAAUUACCUUUAUUACUUAUCAUUAGGAAAUUCAAGAAUUAAAGAAUAUAGUACAGCACUGCAAUUCAUUAAAGCAUUCUUACAUAUGCAACCUGAAAAUAUGCAAGCACAGAACUUGUUGAUCACAAUUCAAAAGAAAAUGGAAUCUGAUGCACACAAAGGAAUGGCGGUGGCUGGAGCUUUGGCAUUAGGCCUUAGUGCUAUCGUCGGAAUUGGGUUUGCAGUGGCAAAAAAUUUGAAAAAGUGAUCUUUACAUGUAGUUAAUUCUAUUGACAACCAUUUUAUUCCUGUAUAUAUUCCAAAGUGUUAAAUUUAUUUAAGCUUAAGAUUUAUAAUUGAUUUAUAAGCCAAAUAUAAUUCAAUAUAAAAACAUAAUAUAUAUCAUGUACAUGUAAGUACCCUCAUGCAUUACAACAUUGCAUCUAGUAAAAAUCUUAUAGAUAACAAUAACAAUAAUAUUAUAUGGAAAAAAACAGAGUUAUUUAUUUUGAUCUAGAUGUAUUAAAGACACAUGUCCAUGAUAAUUGUUUUUGAAAUAGAUUUUCAUAUUAAAACAAAUACCAUAUUAUUUGUCUAUAAAGGCAUUAUUAUUAUUUAGCUUUAUAUGUUGAUACUUUAACUAUUAAACUAUUAAUGCAUAUUUACUAUUUAGUUAUUAAUUAUAAUAUUUAUUAUUAAUUGUGAAUUGUGAUUCAUAACUUGAUUCCAAAUCAAUUUAAUUUGUGAAAAUACCAUGCUUGGAAAAUUUUAAUUAUUGUUUGCUAUCUGUGUUAGAAUUUUAAUUUAAUAAUUGGAAUACAACAUACUUUAUAUUUUAAUAGUGUAGGUUUAGGUGUAAUACAAUAUGUGAUUUAUGAAAACAAUACCUAAAUAGUUUGAAUUUUCAAUUAUUUUUUUCAUUAUGUAGGAGCUUUAUCUUGCAAUGACGAUAAUGAAUCAUUUAUAUCAUAUUAAAUAGAAUAUUAUUUUAUGUUGUUGAGUAUUUUAAUAUAUAAUUAAGAUCUCAAAACUUAAUAAAGGCGUCUAAUAAUUA